GGCUUUUUUUUUUUUUUUUUUCUUCUCCUGUUUUCAUCCUCUUGGCUGAAGAAGACUCUAUUAAUCGCAAGUUAAAAUAUUUUGAAGAAGAGCUUGAGACUCGCGUAAGACACUGCGCCGGGGUGCGGAAGGAAGGAGACCGCUCGGGGCGGCAAAUGGAACAGUGCCUGAAGCAGGUCCACCAUGCCGUUAGUAACGAGGAACAUUGAGCCAAGGCACCUGUGCCGUCAGACGUUGCCUAGCGUUCGAAGCGAGCUGGAAUGCAUGACCAACAUCACCCUGGCAAAUGUCAUUCGACAGCUGGGCAGCCUGAGUAAAUUUGCAGAGGACAUAUUUGGAGAGCUGUUUACUCAGGCCAACACCUUUGCCUCUCGGGUGAGCAUUCUAGUCGAGAGAGUUGACCGCUUGCAAGUCAAAGUCACUCAGCUGGAUCCCAAAGAGGAAGAAGUCUCCCUGCAAGGCAUUAACACCAGGAAGGCCUUCAAAAGCUCCACUACUCAGGACCAGAAGCUCUUUGACAGAGACUCUCUCCCAGUGCCUGUUCUUGAAACCUAUGGGACCUGCAAUACUCCUCCACCUCUCAACAUCCUCUCCCCUUACAGGGAUGAUGGCAAAGAAGCACUUAAAUUCUACACGGAUCCUUCAUACUUCUUUGACCUUUGGAAAGAGAAAAUGCUUCAGGACACCAAGGAUAUUAUGAAAGAGAAGCGGAAACAUAGGAAAGAGAAAAAGGAGAAUCCGAAUCGAGGAAAUGUGAACCCACGGAAAAUCAAGACUCGGAAAGAAGAGUGGGAGAAGCUGAAAAUGGGGCAAGAAUUUGUUGAGUCAAAGGACAAACACGGUCCUGCUGGGUACCCCUCUAACAUGGUGUAUCAGAACGGCAGCAUCGGCUCAAACGAAAGCAUGGACGUGAACUGCUACCCGCCACCGCCGCAGACUGACUCUAUUGUGCCACCACCUCCUUCGUUCCCAGAUGACAGCCUGCCUCCACCCCCGGUGGAAUUUAGCUAUCCAGUAGACAACCAAAGAGGUUCUGGCUCUGGAGGGACCAAAAGAUCCAGCCUGGUUAGCCCGAGUCACCCGCCGCCAGCUCCUCCGAUCGGAUCUCUCUCCGGAGCCAGACCGGGCUUUGCUCCCCCUCCGGCGCCACCUCCACCACCGCCACUGAUAGGAAGCAGUCCCCCUCCACCGCCUCCCAUGGGCUUCCCGUCCCCGGGAACCCCACCGCCACCCUCGCCCCCCUCCUACCCUCCCCACCCCGAGUUUGCUGCCCCGCCGCCACCGCCGCCCCCUCCAGCGGUCGAAUAUGCGAGCGUGCUCCCACCUCCGCUGCCCCAGCCAGGCAGUGGGAGUGCACCGCCUCCCCCGCCACCGCCGCCGCCUCCCGGCCCACCGCCUCUGACUACCGGUGGCCUGGACGGUCCCCCAGCCCCUCCUCUACCUUCCGAUACCUCCACCUCCAAGCCCAAGUCAUCCCUGCCUGCGGUUAGCGAUGCCAGGAGUGAUUUGCUUUCAGCUAUUCGUCAAGGCUUCCAACUCCGCAAGGUGGAGGAGCAGCGGGAACAGGAGAAGCGGGAUGUUGUGGGCAAUGACGUGGCAACGAUUCUGUCACGCCGCAUCGCUGUAGAGUACAGCGACUCUGAGGACGACUCUUCGGAGUUCGAUGAGGAUGAAUGGUCGGAUUAACCACGGUCCCAUCUCCCCCCCCCUUCCCUCCUGGGUUAACACCUUCUUAAAGAACCAGGUGGCCAAACCUUCCACGUCUUCCUUUCUCAUCCUGUAACCAAAGAUGUGCCAAGGGUUUUCAGACAAGCACCAGCAUAUCUCCCUUCCCCUCCGGCUUUGGCAGGACUUUGUGCUCUACCUUUCCGAGAAGUUUCCUCAUGGACACUGAGGAUGACUGUGCUGAGUUUUAGCUGGAGGGUGUGUAACGGUUGCUUAUUUAAGAGAGCUAAACCUCCAGAUUCUCAAUCCACCAGGCAGAGCACAUAAAACUCCUCCAUCCUGAGGGUUUUUUAAAGUAAAGAUGAAUGAUCCUGUUGUGGCCACAUGGCCUUUCAGAUGAAGGACAUUUUCAGCUAGUUUUCUCAUUGCAACAGCAUACAGUAGAUCUAAUUGGCUCUCCUUUUGCAGUGAAUGCUGGUAGUGCUGCAAGAAAAUGGGCUUUAAAUGUCUGUUCUCUGCUGCAUCCCACUGUCAAACGAUCGUUUUUUAGCAACAGUGCACAAUUCUCUCCCCCUUGGCCCCCCAGUAUUCCCAGACUAACCCUGUGUGGGAUGCACUUCCUAGCUCUGGGACUAGGGCACACAUUGGGUGCAAUGUGAGGAUGGCUUUUAAAAGCUGCCUUUAUCUUCCUCAAAUCUCCUGGACUGCUUCUCCAAGUCUGCCAGAGGGGACUUGGAUGAAGGGAUGCAAAGCCCAGGCAGAACGGUUGCUUGGCUUCCUGCUGCUGGGUGAGCAGAGCCCAGCUGGGAGCGCUCAGUGUGGUUGGUGCUGAGCAGUGCCAAAACUUGGCUUAGCUGACUUCUCCAAUCUAUGCUGGGAGAGUUUUAAAAAAAAAAAAUGUGCUGAGAGCAGAGACAUUGGGUGGGGAGGGGUUCUCUGAACACCAGGCCCUGAAUCAGGGUGGUGGUUACAGGUGAACCUACAGCUGGGCCUGAGAUGCCUUGAGGCCUCUUUGGCCUGUUCAGGGCAGUGCUGUGGUCAGUUUGGAGAGAGGUGCUUUUCUAGUGGGGUGACUGUGCCCUUUACACAGGGACUUGAGCAGCAACAGAAAAUGCUGGUAUUACCCUUGCUGCCUCCUCUCUUCCACCUAAGGAGAGGAGUGUUUGUGCCUAAAAACAUCUUGUGUGUGAACUGAGUUGCCCAUCAGUUACAGCAGGCCUAACCUGCAUUAUCUGUUUCCCAUCGUUUUGUUGAUAUAGUUCAUUAGUUAAUUUUAAGAAAAUAUUUCUUCUCCUAGCUAACCCUACAAAUUCCUGGGCUGCUCACUACAGAUACAGUACUGGCAGGGGGAGAAAAUGGGGAACUUGAACUAGCUGACCCAGGUUUUAUUGCUGUUUUAUAUUACCUUACAUAGAAUAUUAGCAUAUCCAGGAAGCCUAGAUAAAAAUACCCCAAUGCUACAGAUGUGUUUUUCAUAUUUUAAUUUGGACUUGACUAACUAUCUCAGUAUGAUGCAAGAAAGCAAUUCCAAAGCCUUUUGGAGAUCACGGGUCCAGCUAUUGUGGGAUGGGACCAGCAACGUGUCCCGUUACGACCAACUCUCCAACUGCUUUGCCUUUUCUAUUGUAAAGUAUUUUGCCAACUUGUGCCUGUUGGUUCUUCUCUGGCGUGCCUCAUUUAAUGAUAUUGCUGAUACCUGGAGUGCCAGGCCCAGCCCGAGGCUGCCAGGUUGCUGAAAAUCCUUCUUGGGGUUUGAUUGAUGGUUUUGGUUUGCGCGGUUGAGUUCUUACUGAUUUCUUGUGUGUGUGUUUUGGGUUGUUUUUAAUCUUUGACAAAGCAGAUCAUGGUCUGGAGGAUGGGCUCUUCUGGAGGGUGGAUCGAGCUGAGAUCCAGUUUGACCCUGAGCAUCAUCAGGAGAGAUUUGCUGGACCUCUACACCGUUGCAUUUUGUCAACAAAGGAACUGCUAGGCAGGAUGCAAAGGGCAUAGACAGUGAGGCAUCCUGAUGCUCUGGGAACAUCUGAGCAAUACUAGUUCCAGGUUCUGGAAGAGGGAACAAACCCCUCGAGUGCCAGCGAGCCGUCGUGCAUUGGAGGGAUUUGGAAAUGCAAACUGAUUAUUGCUGGAAGCUGGGUAAGGGGGGGCGAGAGGAGCAUCACUGGCUCUGUUCUGCUCUUUCUGUGAGCAUCCUCCUCUGGCUUCUCUUGGAGACAGGUUCCUGGGGUAAACGGACCUUUAAGCUAACCCAGGAUGACAGCAUUAUCACACAGGGAAGUGAGGAGCUCACAAAUGCCAGACCUGGGUUAAUUUAAAAUUGCCUUAACUAGACUUGGCCCUGGUUGUGAAAGGGGAGCGAGUGUUCCUGUCAUGUGAAAUUCAGAGAAGUGCCAUAUUCUCUGUGACCCAGAUGGAUGGUCCGUCAGGCUGGGCCAUGCCUCGGGGUGGAAGGGACAUGGUUACCCCGUGCGCUGCCUGUUGCACAGCGGUGCUGCGUGGGCGAUCGGCGUGGCCGUGGGUGGAGUGCAGUCCUCUGCCUGGCUCCCCUGCUUGCCCGGCCCUCCUGGCAGCAGGAGCCACGCUGCUUUGUCUGUGCAGGCCUGCCGUAACCGCCGUGUGCUUUCAGACUUGCAUCCCAAGGUGAGAAUCAAAGCUGCUGGAGCCUAAACAGAGGGGCCAUGGACAGGUGGGGAGGGCUGUAUCUCCUUUCAUCGCAAAAAAGCGGUGUGAGCCCAGCUUGGAGACGCCCGAGAAACAACUCGGGUAACGUGGCAGUCUGAGCAUCACUGCAAAACUGCAGAGCGCUGGGCCACCAAGCAAGCUGAAUGUUUCUUAACCUGGUAGGGGAAGAGGAGAGAUGCCAAAAACAACCUUUGCAAGACGGAGCAGCUGUGCUCUAGCGGCAGGGCUGCCGCUCCACAUCGGCCAAGGGCGUGCACUGGCUCCCGUGCCAUCUUUGUCGUUUAGUGUGAGCUUAGUCCUUCCUCCCUCCCUGCACAAGGCUCUCGGGUGCCUUCCAGGUGGAUGGCACGAGCGUUUCACAAAGCCAAAAGAGGGAGCUGGAAGCUGGGCUUUUCCCCUCGGUUUCUCUUUCACCCCGGACCCGGGUCCGCGUGGCGGCACGGAGCCACAGCAGCCAUUUUGCCUGCACCGGAGCCGCUCGGGGCGCGCUCCUUGCCUCCCCGUGCAGCGUGCUGGGGCAGGCCGCCGUUGCCUCUCCUUCGCGGCCCUCGCGCUCCUGGUUAAACAUUCUCCCGGUGUCCUCGCCCGCAGCGCUGGGCUGCGGCUCCCGGCAGCCUCUCCCCCGCCGCCCCUCCUUCCGCGCUCGCCGGGAAAGCCUCGUCCCGGCUCCCCGGGCUCGGCUUGGAGCCGCGUCUGCAGCCGGUGACCUUCACCGCUUUCUCCUCUCCUUAUCAGACCCAGAGCACCAGACCGCAUCGAGGGAAGGGGCUGCUGGAGGUCCCAGAUGGCGCAGGAACUGUGCAGAGUGUCAUUUCAGGGAAAGGAUAUUUUCAGUCCGUGAACUUAUUUAACAUGCCUCUCGUGAAAGUACCUGCCCUUGCUGGGCUCUGCGGCCGGGCGCUGGCCGUGCCGAGCCCGGCGUGGGGCGGGCGCGGGAUCCUUCGCAGCCCUGCUCGCAGCUGCCCCGGGUCAGGUUUCAUUGCUGUAGUUUGUGAGGGGUGCUUUUUUUUUUCUUCUUUCUUUUUUUAAACAAAGCCUUGAAGUGGGAAGCGGAUCCAAUUUUUUUUUUAUUGCUGUAUUAACAUUUUAAUUCAUUUCAGAAACUAACCCAUUUCUCUUCCCGACUAGAAUGUCAUAGAAUUAGGCAAGCUGUAACCCUCCUGAAGUGCCUUAUUUUCCUAUAUGAUAUAAAUAUAUUUAUAAGAGUAAUUAUUCCACUUGUAUCUUAGGGGUUUAAUGCUGACCGGAGAGGACAAGGUGGGAGGAGAGACGGAAAGUGCCCUCGAAGGACCCAGCCCUGCUGCGGGGUCGGAAGGGUGCUGGGGUCUGACGGACUCUCUCAGGGUGCAGGGGGUUACUCGCUUUCAGACCAAAGGAGUUUCAGCAGUGAAACUCUGCUAAAAAACCUCACGAGCAAAAUACUGUAGCGACCACAGACGCUGGCACUGAGGUCGGUGACUUGGUUUGUUUUUUUUUACCCCUGCAAAAUCAACACAGAUGGCCAGACUCUGCCUCGUGUGCAUGGACGCGCUGGGAAUAAAGCUGCCGCCUGCGGUGGAGCAGAGCCCGGUCCGUACCUGCACAUCUAGACGCAGCCUCUCGCUGUCUUGUUUUCCCUCGUAAUGUCUGUCUGUAUUUUUCUCUGUCGGUUGCUGUGUAAGCCAGGCUUUCCUGCUGCUUUUUUUUUUUUUUUUUUUUUUUAAUAAUCGGCUCAGUCUCCCCUGGAUGAAGAUCCCAACUGCAGUUUUUUGUAAUGUACAUGUAAAAACAAAAAAUGGAUCCUUUUUUUAAAAACUGUAAACUUGAUAAAACCUUUCUAUCCAA